GCCUCUAAGCUAGUGCUGUGAUGGUCUGCUGAGAUAUCGAUAAUAACGGUGUUUUAAAGGGAUUUUCUGUUCGUUUCUUUUACUUUGGAGUGAUUUAGUCGCCAGAGAACAUGCCCAUGUAUCAGGUAAAGCCCACCAGUGGGAGUGAUAUAAAGAUUGAUUUGCCAACGUGCAUGUACAAGUUACCGAAUAUCCACGCUCAGGGAGGCAGCUACAAUGAACAUGCGCUACAGAAUGGAGAGGUAGACCCAGCACUGCAGGCUCUGGAGGCUCGACAGGAUGAGAUUUUACGGCGGCUGUAUGAGCUGAAGGCAGCAGUGGACGGACUGGCUAAGACUGUUACCACUCCAGAUGCUGAUCUGGAUGCCACCACCCUCUCACAGGGCUCCACAGCAUCAGUGUUCACGGGCACUACAGACCUGGACUCACUGCUAGGCAAGGAUCUGGGUGCCCUCAGAGACAUUGUGAUCAAUGCUAAUCCUACCAGACCACCCCUGUCUCUGCUGGUUCUUCAUGGACUGCUGUGUCAGAAGUACCGUGUGCUGUCCAGCGUUCAUGUCCACUCGUCUGUGUCAUCUGUCCCUCCUCAGCUCCUCUCCUGUCUGGGCCCACGACAUGCUGAUAGCUAUGCACGUCACCACUUCCAGCUGGGUUUCACACUAAUAUGGAAAGAUGUGCCACAUGUGCAGAUGAAGUUCAGCACUCAAAAGAUGUGUCCUAUCGAGGGUGAAGCCAGCGUGGCUCGUUUCCUCUUCCGGCUCCUGGCCGCCGAGCCUCGGGACGCGGCCGCGGCCACGCAGGUGGACGGCUGGAUAGACACGGCCGUCUUUCAGAUGGCGGAGGGCAGCGCGAAGGAGCGGGCGGCUGUGCUGCGGGCGCUGAACUCCGCGCUGGGUCGCGGGUCCUGGCUGGUGGGGCAGGAGCUCUCUCUGGCUGACAUCGUGUGCGCCAGCAGCGUCCUGCAGACCGGCUCGGCUUCCUCCGCUCCGCCUAACGUCCAGCGCUGGCUGAAAUGCUGCGAAAAUCUGGGUUACUUUAGCUGCAUCUCCCCUCUCUUGCCCUGACCCCUGUUCACUUGGCUCUCUGUCAGGGGUUGGUGUCAAUUAGGGUUGGGUUCCAGUCAAUAUAAAAAGGGUUAACACUAUAGACUGAUAUUCUGUAGUCUAGUAAAUUGACUGGAAUUAACUCGGAAUUGAUCCCAUACUUAUUCUGUCUCUGGGGGUGGGCAUUUCUUCUUGUAAAACCCCCCAGGUCAUUAUAGGAAAUUAAAAUGCUGUAAAGACACCUCUCCCUUCAACCUUGUGCCUAACAUGAUGAAUUAGACAUGAUGAAAUGUUUAACGUGUGUUAAGAAAUAAUAACUUGGUUCGCAAGCUAAGUGCUUCAAAUGUGAAGAUAAAGACCUACUGAUCUUGAUGAGAGAAUGAGAAGUAAUACUUUGUAGCGUCUUUUUCGUAAAAAACCUAUUAAAAUUUUCACUUCAUA